AUGAAAAGCUCGUUGAUAUUUUGUAGUUUUGUGAUAAUUUUACUUGUGGUACCAUCUAGAAGUGAAGAACUUAAAGACAGCACAGUUGCCUAUGUUAAGGCUUCACUUCCAACGCAAAUAUAUCGUUGCAUACAAAAAUUCAAUCUCUUGAGAUGUCUUAAAUAUUUUGUUCUAUUAAGACUUGAAUCAGGAGAUUUUCAGGAUGUGAAAAGUGACAACGACACUUCAGAGUUUCUUGGAAAUAUUUUGAAGGAAGAAGGCAACAUGCCUCAAGAUAUCCCUGAGAGUCUACUGAAUCUCAACGAAAAGGAACUGAACCAACGCUUAACUGAUGGUUUUCAAAAAUAUUUUAAACACAGACCGAUCAUGUUGAAGUUUAUUCCUAAUGUGUUAGUAAAGAUUGUUCCUAGUAAAACCAAUGACUUGGAGUUUUCACUCAAAAAGUUUACAGAAAGCGAUUUUACUGGAAGAGAUUCACCGCUCACUUAUGAAGAAGAUAUUGAAGAACAAAGUGAUAAGACAAACGAAAUUAAAAUCGAAGACACAGGAAGUCCUAAUAUGAAAGUCCCAACAGAGCAUGAAAAGAUUGCAAUGAAGAAAAGGGAUCAAUAUCUGCAGAUUGGCAUUCCACUUGUUCUUAUCCCUGCAAUGAUUUUUGCUGGUUUCCUUCCUAUGCUGAUUCCUGUGCUUAAAAUCGCAACCGCCUUCACCACUGUUGUCAACACGUUUUCACUCGUAGCGGCGAUUUUAUAUUUAGCACGACAGAAUGCUCUUGAAAAAGAGAUGCAACAGACCGUUUACUUCAAUCCAGGUUAUAGGAAUAGAAAAUAA